CUCAUGCACUGCACGUCCUCAUUCCUCAAACCAACCACACUCCUAGCACCGCCUGCCUACUCAUUCACAGCUCCUUGUAGUCGUCCUCGAGCUUCCCCGACAUGCGGUCCAUUCUGCCAGAUAGACAGAGGCAACCAGACGCGCACACACGUGGGUGGGGUGGGCGGUCCCUGCUGUCGAAGUGAGUCCGUAGGAUUUCUCUCACCUCUCGGUGUUUUUGAUGACGAAGUAUCCCAGGCCGAUGGCAAAUGAUGCCGUCAGGGCGAUGCCAAACACGAUGAUCUGCUUGCACAGCAUACCCGAACACCGCACACACGUCAGAAAUGAAGUACCUACCGGUGAUUGGCCCUCCUUUGUCUUUGUCACCUGUACAAGGCGGUUCUCCAUGCCAACCUGUUCCCACAGACUCUCGCCAGUCGUGAUCUGAACUCACACACACAUAUACACAAACAACAACACAUUGCAAGCAUCCACACGAACUCUCAUCCCAGAGGGGAUGUCGCGCCCCUCCCUCCCCCGCCCGGCUGACCUCCUUGAUGAACCAGGCAGCCAUGGCAAUCAUGGCGGCCCGUCCGUUCUGCAACUCAGCGUUCCAGCCGAACCCGAAGUUGCCCUGACCCGUCGGGUUGAUGCGCCACGGGUUCACAUUACUCGGGUCAAAGUCAUCCUUCUUGCCGUAGCCGGGAGGCGGCGGCAUCUCGCUUGGUGCAGCUGCCUUGGUCUCCCCCUCUGCGGGUGGUGUCGCGAAAGCAUCAGGGACGGCCGAUGAAGACGAUGGCGAAGAUGGCGUGGCCUUCUCGGUCUCGGUGCUUCUCAGAACGGAUCUCGCCGCAUGUCUGUGAGGCAUCACUGAGGGCUGGGAGGCUCGUGAAAGGUGAAGUGGAGGGACGAAGGCUGAUGAUGAGUGCUGGGAGAUGCGGCGAUGAACUGCAAGUGCAUGAUGCGAAAGAAAGAGAAAAGCGAAGACGGCAGGAAGGGCUGCACGCUGCAUUGUGCCUGGGGAGAAGGGACGGUGGGGAUGAAGAGAUCUU